UGUUAUCAGUAAUCAUUAUAUUCAUUGAGUAACACAAUUAACGCUAAUUGUCAGCCAGUAAUAAUUAAUUCUGAAAAUUUUCAAACUUUUCCUAAUCUUAAUUAACCAGUUAAUUUUAGAUCGACAGGAUAUUUAAGUUAAUCAUCAUGAUAAUAAUUUGAUUCUUGUCUGGUGAAUCAAAAUUGAUUAUUAAUCAACAAUUGAUUUGCUAAUUUGUCUUAAUUAACUUGAAUACGGUUCGAAUUAGUGUCUCCCUCUACUGAUUGCGAUCUCAACUGUAAUUAGAAACCAAAUUAAUCAAAUUGUUUUCAUUUGAUCAGCAAAUAGUUGCAACAAUUUAGAUUAUAAUAUGAAAUAAAUUACAUGGAAAGUUAAUUGUGAAGGAGUAAAAAAAAUCUUUCACUUUUAUUAAUUUCCUUUGAGUGAUAAUUACAUAAUCAACCCAUUCUUAUUUAAUGAUUGUAAGGUUUUAAUUAUGAUCCAUCGUGAGGUGAUUUAAUUAAGAAGUUAAUUUUUUUCUAUUGAAAGAUUUUUUCAAUUAAUGAGACGACGUCUCAUGUUUAACCUUAGAUGGAGUUAAUUAUGUGUGUUGAUGGUAAAGAGACUAAUUUGAAUGGGGAAAAGUUCAUUAUGAUCUUUCAUCAUCAAUAACAAUCAAUACUUGGAACUGAAUUAAGAUAUUAUUAUCAUAAUUCAGUUACAUCGAGAUUGUCUGAUCAGUUAUGUCUCCAUAUGAAUAUCAUGAGUUCAACGAACAAGAGAAAAUCAUUCAAUCUUAUUGGAGAUGUUGUUUGGAACGGAAAACAACGAGAGAAGCGGUGAGUGACCUGUUGGGUGUCGCUGAGAAAUCAGCGGUUCGUUGGUAUUGUAUAGUUCGAGGGUACGAACAGAUUAAACCAAUAGCCAAAGGUCGAUAUAUUUUCGAGCUUUUUCUCGACUUUAUUGGUGCAAUUAUCUUGUUACGAGGUUUCUUGAUGAUCGUUGUACCUUUUGCUCCGGUUCGAAUUGCCUUAGGUGAUCCUUUUAUUGGCUCAACAGCUCAUGGAAUUCAGAUCAUGCUGGUUAACGGGAUAUUGAUACUUGCCUGUGGUCUUAGAUAUCAUUGUUUCGCAGCGGAAAAACGAGGGCCCGUUGAAGCGUUCCAACUUUAUCAUCGCCUUAGGGCAACAAAGUUUGACCAUAAAAAGUUCAAGUUAACAUCAGCUGAUUGUUCACAUAUUAGAAAGUUGUUUUUUCUCUUUAUCCGUUUCUAUCUCAUCAUAACACCAUUAACUUGCUUGGCGAUUGCAGGUUGGUUGGGAUUUGCAUUUAUCGCCAACCCAAUCAACUACGACAAUUUAACGAAUUUUGUGGUCAUCGGUGUUUGGACAGUCAUCGUCUCUAUUACGAUCACUUUGGGCACUUAUCCCUCUUAUUGGAUUUAUAUUCAAAAUACUUUGAUUAUGGUUUUUGUUGCAUUCGCACUUAAUUCCAAUCAAUUUUUCGGUCAGCUACUGGUCAAGUCAGGAAUUAGAGCUAAUCAAAACGAUAUAUUCGAAUAUUUUUCUCAGCAAAAUAAAAUCUACAAUACGAUCAAUCGGUCAAUCGUUGAUUUAGGAUCAACUUUUUCUCAUGGUGUUAUUGUCGCUUCAGGUCUUGCUGAUUUCGCCAUGUUUGUUAGUAUCUGGAUUGGAACGGGAAGUGAUCUAUUCGAUUACCUUAUUUUCGCUGUUGGAAUAACAAUUUUCUCUGCAAUAGUAAUGGUCAAUAUUCUGGCCGCACUUACAGUUGUAAAGGUCUCUUCGUGCCAUUUAACUAAUUAUCAGAUCGCUAGAUAUUGUAAAUUAAAUUUAUCUGCCAAUUUAAAAUUAUUGGCUACAUGUGAACGAAUGAAUGUCAAUCAGAUCGGUUUCACCCUCGGCGGAAUCUUCACCAUGAAUUCCCAUUCGUUCAUGUUGGUUGGUAAUAAUUGUCUUCUUUUCAAUUAAAUUGGUCAUCAAUUUAAUCUAAUUAACGUAUUUUCUUAUUAUUAUGAUCUUCUCGGCGUUAGUAUCUCUUGGAAAA